AUGACAACCUACGCUUCAACAUCAAACGUGGAUGAUUCUGGCGGUCUGGACGGCGUACUACCUUCGGCAACUGCACCACCUCUUCCGACCGUACGCGCGCGACACAGUUCGACCACCUCGUCCGUGGCCACGUCCGCAUCGACCGGCUCCACCACCGCCCGCCCAUCCACUUCCACUUCGAACGGUCGUGCGACACCCAACAGGGAUCCCGGCGCAACGAACCACGAGACGGACACGCUCAAGCAUCAGCUGCGUAUCGCUAGGGCUACGAUUGCCGACUUGUGAGUGCUGCUCCGUUCGACUCGGUCGUCGUCGUCUUGGUCUUGUCGCGUCACGUCACGUCACCUCGCGCCCGGACCCCCCCACACGACCAGCGCCAGCGGUGGGUGGGGGUCCGGUCAGAUUGCGAGUCGCCCGGUGGUAGCCGACGCAAAGCCAAUGAACUGACACCCUAGUCUGACACCAGACAAUCCAAACUCUCCGUCAAGGCCAAUCCAGCCCCCUUUGGAUCGUCCUCCCCGCGGAAUCUAGGCGGUCUCUCCAUCUCCGAUCACCGCGCCUCCUCCCCCAAACCCAUCAUCACCAGCCAAAAUCAGAACGGGAGCAGCGCACCGCCGAGUCCUUCCUCACCUUCCCUCUCCACCUCGUCCCCCAGUUCGGCAGGCCGACUCCCCUCUGCAGGCGCAGUAGCGCUCAAUCGAGCACUCGUCUCGGACGAUCCAGGUCGAUCACCCUCCACUUCUUCGCCCCCUUCAUCCCCGAAUCUCUCCCCUCAAAACUCCGAGCAUUUCCCGUCCUCGGUAUCAAACUCUCACAAUCCCUACGCACGACAAUCCUCCUCGACCAGUACCCGCCGCGUGUCCGUCGCUUCAUCAGGUCAUUUCGGCAAUUCGACCGGAAACCCUCGUGAUCGCUUAGCCGCUUCAGCCUCAGCCGCGACGUCGGGGAGUGGCAAAGUCAUCGCGGCAUUGCAGAGUGAUCUGUUGAUCGCCAGGUCGGCGUUGGAUUCGAGUCGGAUUCAAUUGAGGAACGGACAGAGGGCGAUCGAGAGUUUGACCAGGUUCAAUGGUGCGGUUCGAACCAUGCCGUCCCUGAGCGAAGCCUCUUUUUGGUACGAGCUGACAAAGGUUCUCACUUCAAAUCUACUCUAGACGACAUGAAAGAAACCAAAGAACGACUUACAUUAGAAAUCGAAGGACUUCAACGGGUUUUGGCGCGGAAAGAACGCAUGCAGGAAGAAGCCUUGGCUCGAGCACGAACGGCGGAGACCACGUUAAACGAGUUGCAGAGCAGUCAUAAGGAGCUGGUCGCCAGUAGUAGGCAACAGAUCAAGGAUUUGAGUGCGGAGAAUGAGGAGAAUGAGGAAUUGAGGAAGAAGGCCGAGAGUGAAUACGGGAGUUUGGCGAGGGGGAUCAAGUGAGUUUGUUUUUACGGUGUCGAGCGGAGGUGGGGCACCGGAGGAGCUGAUCGAGUUUUCGAUUCGCUCAUUCAGGUCGAUGCAAGAAGGGUUCAAGCGCGAUUUCGAUGUACUGCGACAAGAGUUGGCCAAGUCGCAAACCAAGUUGGCUUCGUCCACAACAUUAGGUACGUGACUCCACCCCUGCCUCCUUUUCAGCGCAACGCGAGCUAACUCUUCGCAUCUCCGUAACCGCAGUCUCGAAACUUCUGGCCCUCCCUUCGCCCUAUUCCUCCAUCCCAUCGACAUCCCAAACCCCUCGCGCCCCCUUAUUGACAAGCAUUUCACCUUCCACACCACUCAUCACCACCAAAUCCUCCAUCUACUCCUUCUCCUCCCGAUCCCCAAAUCGCGCCCCGCAUCCCGCUUCACCGACCCUGACAAAUCCAACACCAACGGACCCCUUCCUCCUCUCCCUCCAAAAGACCCAACAAGACCUCUCCCUCUCCAUAUCCGAAGAAUGUUCGAAAGCGUUGAAGUUGGUCGAACAGUGUACGAAACAGAACCAGAAGGAUCUGUAUGCUACCAAGGAUGUUCAGAAUGAGAUGGGGAGGCUGAAGAGGUUGAUUAGGGCGGGGAUGCAGGGGGAUGCGGGGACGGCGGCGUAG